UUGUGAAGCCCACCGACCGGAGGCGACCUUCGUCUCUCCAAAUCACCCAUCGGCCUUCGCUGCUUGGCUCUUGUUUCUAGCAAUUCUCUGUCCCAUGCCGUUCUGAGCUUCCCCAUCUGACCUCACCGCCACCCGCCUUUGACGAAUUCCGACGUCUAUACUACCGCUCUUCGACAUUGAAACAGUCGCUCGUCUACGCAUUACAACCUCGCGGGAUUCGCUAGGGACAAUUCAAGUCGCUUGCUCGCAUAGAUUGAGGGGAACCGCUGACAGAGACCCAACAACAUCGAGACCCAAAAACCACACAAAAAAACAAGAACAGAAGCUCACAUAACCGCCAAGAAACAAUGUGUUGCGCCUAAGAAACCGUCUGGUCCACAACAUCUACCAUGGUUUCUGCACCGCAGGACGAAAUCGCUUCUCACCGCGAUGACCGCCGCUUUCGUGAGAUAUAUCGUUUCUUUCAACCCGCCACUCCCGCUGCCCUGCUGUAUUCCCAUCAGAUACUCCCGACCGACGGAGACGAUGGCUUUGCGAUACAUGUGGACGGUACACCGGGACUAGAAAGUGCCGGGACCUCGUUGGCAGUUUGCCUGCCUUCCGAACAGAACACAUCCAGUGCAAAUACCAUUUUGACGACUUUUGCCCAGACGGCAACCCUGAAACUGAACGCACAACGGGCCGUCAUCAGUAUAUUAGAUCGUGAGACGGAGUAUUUUCUUGCAGAAGCUUCUAGCACUUCCAAACUGCGGGAUGCUACCAAUACCGUCUUCUCCGACUCCUCAUGGAAUGCUGUCAGUAAUAAUGGCAACUUUGGCCCGCGUUUGACCUUGAAAACGGUCGCGCUAGAGCCACCCUUAAAAAACAAAUAUAGCUUCCACAUUGUGAACGACCUGUCAACUCACGAAGAAUACGCAAAAUUCCCUUUUGUAUCCGGGUCGCCUCAAUUCAAAUUCUAUGCUGGCACUCCCCUGGUAACGGAAAAUGGCAUUAACAUCGGCUCUUUUUGCGUCUUGGACACGACCCCCCGAGAUGGUCUGACCGACGCCGAAAUGGAUGAUCUCGGGUAUCUCUCCUUCCUGGCCAUGGAUUUCCUUCGUCUGAGUCGGCGGGCUGCCGAAGGACGGCGCGCAGCUCGUCUAUCUCGUGGAUUGAGCUGUUUUGUGGAAGGGAGUUCGUCGUUCGUCGAUGGAAUGAACUCUCUCACCCCCUGCUCCUCUCAUACUAGCUCUGCACGGUCGUCGGCCUCUCCUCCCGCCGCUCCCAGCCCAAUCUCUCGAUCGCGAGGCUCAGAGGGGUCACUGGAAUCUCGUGGGUCGCGUGGGAGCUAUGUUGAUGUCCGCCAAAGUCGGUCGCCAGGCCCAUCGUUAUCGGAAGAAAGAGCCGACACUGGAGCUUCUUCUGACCUGAUAACCCCGCUUCCGGAUUGGUUGAUAGCAGGGACGAAGGGUUCCAAGACUCGCUUGGCGGACGAAAUGCAUACGCACCAUUGGACUUUCCGCCGUGCUGCUAAUCUAAUUCGCGAAAGUCUAGAGUUGACGGGAGAGAGUGGCGUUAUUUUUUUGGAAAAUAGCAACACGCCACUUGACGUCGAUAAUGGCCGGUUAGAGUUCUCUGACGACAACGAACCUCCAGCGCCUGUUCUGUGCGUAUCGACCAGCGACGCGCCCUUCGCAUCUGAACCAGCUUCGAGCGAAACUUGUGCCGCUGCUAAUUUUGACCGCCGUUUCUUGCAAAGCGUUUUGCGACGUUACCCAAAAGGCAAAAUCUGGUCAUUUCAUCGUGACCGAAGCCUGUUUGCUUCGUCUGACGAUGACGAAAACAACCCAACCUCACCCGUCUCCGCCGUAAAAGUUCCUCCCGACGCCCCAUCACGAUCUAAUAAGAAAUGGAGGGCUACUGAAGAAGCGCAAUUAGCUAAAUAUUUCCCGACUGCCAGUCAAGUUAUGUUUGUCCCUCUGUGGAAUGCUGCCACAUCUCAAUGGUUUGCAGGUUGUUUCUGCUGGAAUUGUACAGAAACCCAAGUUUAUAACGCUUCCGUGGAAUUGGCGUCGAUGAUGGGAUUUGGCUAUUCAAUUAUGGCCGAGCUAAGUCGUCUCGAAUCCAUCAUUGCCGACCGGCAAAAGGGCGAUUUUAUUGGCAGUAUAUCCCACGAACUACGCAGUCCGCUACAUGGUAUUCUUGCGGCAGCUGAAUUUAUGGACGGAACUCAAGUGAACCAGUUUCAGAAGUCAUUGCUGGAGACGAUCAACGCAUGUGGUAGGACUUUACUAGAUACAAUGAAUCAGGUUUUGGAUUUCAGCAAGAUUGUCUCGCUCGAAAAAAGUUGGCGUCGGAUGAAGAAGGCUCGUCGGGAUCAAAAGGAAGACAUGGCCGACAUCAAGGGCGUCGACAGUAUGGCGGCUUUGCUAGAUACGCAUACCAGUGAAGAUAUCUGUCUGCUUACGGAAGAGGUGGUGGAGGGUGUAUGUCUAGGCCAUUCAUACGGUCGGUCAGCGAAUAAUUCUACCGCCUCAUCAUACAUGUCUGCCGCUCAAUCACAUUCCGGGUCAAGCUCGCUCUCCACUCCAGAUAGUGAAAGCACGGGAGAAAUUCGACUUAAUGUUGAGGUCAUCGUGGAUAUUGAGGACGGAGACUGGGUAUACAAAACACAACCAGGAGCUUUACGCCGUAUUGUCAUGAAUAUUUUUGGGAAUGCUAUGAAGUAUACCGAGAGCGGCCAUGUGAUUGUUCGGUUGGAGAAAUCCAAGGACGAGCAGGAAUUGUCGCAAAAAACGAAACUUGGAAAGGACUCGGAUGAGUUCGUCGUUCUCUCUGUCACCGAUACAGGUAAAGGGAUAUCUGAGGACUUUCUGCGGGCUCGUUUGUACAUGCCAUUCUCCCAAGAAGACACCCUCGCAGUAGGCACAGGCCUUGGGUUGGCAAUUGUGCGUAGCAUUGUCAAAUCACUAGGAGGGCAUAUUAGCAUUCGCAGUCAAGCUGGAGAGGGGACGAGAGUGAAGGUUAUACUUCCGAUGUCUCGGCCGGAUUCAGAUGAUACAAGCUUGCCACUCUCGCGACCGAACCAGUCGACUCUCAGUCGAGAUUUGCGUCUAAUUCGAGAGCGGUAUUCGGAUAAGAAGGUUGCGAUCGUCGGUUAUAACCCCGAAGCUCCUAACAAUACUGAGAGUUCUUCUGUGCUUGCUCGAUAUGUCACGGAAUGGUGCGGGCUGAAACUCCAGCCAUGGCCGACUCAGUACCCAGCCGAUCUCGUGCUUGCUCAGGAGAAGGAUCUGCCUGAGGAGUUGAAAACGAAACAGUUCAAUCGACCAGCAGCAAUGCUUGUUUUCUGUAACAACACCGCCGGCCUGGAUGCUUCCCGCUCAGGCUGGUCAAAGGGGGCAAAUAUUGUCGAAUAUCUGUACCGUCCAUGCGGCCCACAUAAACUGAUUCGCGGUAUUUCUCAAUGUCUGCAAAAAUCAGCCAUGUCAUAUGCACACGCAAGUGCUCAGCACUCUCAACUGGCUAAUCGAACUCGCAUACAUCCCCCUAACCCCAAAGCUGAGGCCCCGCAAGAUUCCGCUAUUAGAUACAACAAAACGUCCAUUCCUUCCCUCGCAGGGAUGCGGGCAACAAGCGAUUCACAGGUGACAUCGAUUACCCUGGACUCGCCUGUCGACGAACAAGAUUUUCAAUCUUUGAACGAUGAAGGUAACGUGGGACGACGCUCGGCUCCUAUUACGAGCGAGAUGUCAAGCAAUAAAACGGAGGCCAUGUCAUCGCUGCCAGAGGACCAGGAAAUCGCUCUUGCACCGUCUAUUCCGAUCAACGUGCUAGUUGUCGACGACAACCAAAUAAAUUUACGUCUUCUAAUGACAUACUUGGGCCGCCGCAAUGUGGCUAGUCUAGACUCGGCCGAAAAUGGAAAAAUGGCUGUCGAAGCUGUGGAGAGGCGGCCGGAAGGAUACGAUAUUAUUUUUAUGGAUAUUUCGAUGCCUGUGAUGAACGGGUUUGAAGCGACCCGCGCCAUUCGUGUUCUUGAGAAUGAGCGAGAUGCGCAGCGGCCAGCGACGAUUAUAGCGUUGACAGGUCUCAGCAGCGCCCGCGAUGAGACGGAAGCAUUGACAUCUGGCGUUGAUCUCUUUUUGACGAAACCUGUUUCGUUGAAAGAGGUUUCUCGUUUGUUGGAGGAGUGGCAGCCAAAACAACUGGACUCCUGAUUCAUAAUUUGAUUCUCUGAUCAUAUAUGAUCGAGGAAUGGAAAAUGAUUACUUCUUUUUUUUUUCGGCGUGCAUGUAUGUGAUUGAUACCUCUGGGAGAUAUCAGAAGCAUACGAUAUGAUAUGAUACCUAUUGGCUUUUGAUUUGUUUCUAUAAACGAUUAUGAACUUUGCAAUCAUCU